UAUUUUAACUUUGGAAACUUCAGUCCAACAUUUCUCAGAACUCACACUCCUCACUUCUCCAUGAUCGCUACACCACCAUUCUCUCAUCGAUCGCCACACCGCCAAUUCGCCGCCAGCUCGCUACCACUUUAAUUAUGUAAAUUUCAGCUAGCUUUUCAGAUUCGGAAUUGAAAUAACCAUUUUAAGGUUAAAAAAGUGUCACUGCUCUUUUUUUUUUUUUUUGGAUUCUCUCAUCUCAAUAUGCACAGAUCUGAAACUUUAUACAAAUUUCUGAUUGUAUCAACUAGGUAAGUUCAUUUGUUUGCUAUUUGUAUAGUUGCAUAGAGAUAGAAUUAGGUUAAUUUUGUUGUACUUCUCAAGGAUGAAAAUUUUGAAAUGAACUGCACUAACCUACCAUUUUUUUUGUAUUUUGUGGUAGAAUUAGGUUAACUUUGUUAUAUUUUUCGUGGUUUAGUUAUUUGUGCUGGUAUUGUGUGGUAGAUUUGGGUUUUCUAGGAUUUAUGGUGACUUGAUAAAAUUGUUUAAAUUUAAGAGUUACUUAGUAUUAUGUUAAAUUUUGUAGUUAUUAUGGUUGCUGCAAAAUGCUUUAGAAGUCAAAUUAUUUCGUGUUUGUUUUUCGGCAGUGUGUUAUGUCUUGAUGUGUGUUUGUUUCUUUACUUUUUACUUUUUGUUUCCAGCUGGUGUUCUUGUAUAUCUGCUGUGUGAUGUUGGUAAUGUUACUGUUGUGUGUUGUGUUAUCUUGGUAAUGUUACUGUUGUGUGUUGUGUGACUUUUGAGGCUCAACUUGACAACAUUGAGAAGAGAUUAGAAGGAGCAUUCAGGAGCCUGAUUAGAUCGAGGAGCUCACUCCUGAAUGUUUUCUCCAGCUAAUCUGAAAGUUCCUACUCAGAAUCUAUAAAGUUAUCACUUUUUUCUGCUCUUUGAUUCCCUCCUAACAGGUGAAUGAGGCAAGUGCUAGUGCUAGUGACAUUCUGGCCGGGGCACUCCAUGAUAAUGGUCGUGCAAUCCUUGUCGGGCAUAAGACUUUUGGGAAAGGAAAUAUACAGAGUGUUACACAGUUGAACGAUGGAUCGACUCUAUUUGUUACAGUAGCCAAGUAUUUGUCUCCAGCACUUCAUGAAAUCUAUCAAGUAGGAAUAACACCUGAUGUACAACUUUCUGGACAGGAGAAGUUCAGGACAUUGACAAGCUCCUACUUCAAAUGUGCUCAUGGGAUCAUUCUUGUUGACACUCUUUCUUGGACAUCGCACUUUUUUGACUUUGGUUUCAGUGAACAUGCUGAAAAAUUUGGUUAUGGUGUUGUUGAUCGUUUUGUUGGACAUGGUAUUGGGACAGUAUUUCACUCUGAACCACUCAUAUUUCAUCACCCCAUGCCAAAGAUUAAACGUUUUAAGAAUCCACUAAAGUCAGCUAGUGGACAUGCUUCAUCAUCAACUACUCCAGUGGCACAAGACCUCCAAGUUGCUUCAACAAAUCCCUCACAAGCUGAUGGAGUCCGACAACAAGAACAAACUCCAAUUCUCCCGCAGCAAGAACAAGCUCCAAUUGCCCUGCAGCAAGAACAAGCUCCAAUUCUGCCUUCUAAUUCAAGUGCAGCAUCUCUGCACCCACAUCCAUCUGCACGAUAUUGGAGAGUAAAGGCUAAAGAUUCAGAAAACGCUAUCAAGCAGAUUAAUGUCAAGGUUAAUGAGGUUAAUAAUCUAACUGUUGGAGAGCGCAUCAUUGUGGACUUUGACGCAUACAACUCCGCAUAUGGUGAUGCACAGGGACUGCUCGCUGGAUAUUGUGGAUCAUUGGCAAUUGAUUGUAAUUUGUUCCCAAUUAGUUUUGAGAGGUGGUCAGGGCAAUCAGGCAUGCCUAAGAAGUACAUGGAAGACUGCUUUGAAACAAUAUUGAAGCCUCGAUUUCUUUUCCGGGUUUCUGAGUCCAUUGCAUACAAAUAUUGCAAUAGUAGCAUUUCAAUAAAGACGGCUACACAUAGGCAGAGAUUGUGGAAUGAAUAUUUUGACCCUGCAGGAAACAAAAAUGAGAUCAUUAGUAAUGUGCCAUCUGGUAUAAAUAAAGAUCAAUGGGCUAGUUUUGUUGCUUACCGUCAGAAACCAUCAACAAUUGAGCUUUGUAGAAAUAAGGAAAUUCAGAGGAAGCAAAAAAUGCCACACACUAGUGGUUCAAAGGCUAACUCGAGAAGACGUUAUGAGAUGUUUCUGGAAACUGGUAAAGCUCCUAGUCGCGGAAAAAUGUUUAUUGAAACUCAUAAGAGAAAGAAUGGAUCAUUUGUGAAUGCUGAGGCUCGGACUAUAGGGGAACAAAUUGAGUCACAUAUGACUCAAUUGUAACACUAAUGAGUCUGAAGUUUCCCCAGAAGAUAUUGUUGGUAAGAUAUUAGGAGCAGAACACUCUGGGAGGGUAAGAUGUAUGGGUAUGGGAGCAGCUCCAUCAAACACAUUCUUGAAUACAAAGCGACGACUUAGC